AGAUGUAUUCUUCUUUCUAAAAAAAAAAGAAUAAAGAUGGUCUUUAAGAAUACAGAUAAGCAUGACUCUUUUGUUUUGUAGUAGAACAAAAAAACACGUAUUUUAAUCGCCGACCGCAGCCUUUAACAAUAGAAACUUGACUCUGUUUUUUUUGUCUUGCAAGCAACACUAUGAAUAGUCCUGAAUAUCAAGUAUUUGAAAUCUCUGACACUGAUUCAGUAGAAGGUGUUCCUAUUAUUGACAUAUCAAGAGACAAUAUGAAUGAUUCAGGACAAGUACUUGAUUUGACAGUUGAGGACAACAACAACGGCAACAACAAGGGUAAAGAAUUAGCUGGAUCAAACAUCAAUAACAGCAUUUAUUUGGAUGAUGAUGCCUAUGCUUUCUUUGUUGAAGCAGGUCUUGAAGAUCCUAGUGAUCUCGCCACGUUGGGUAUUAAUGUGGAAGAGAUCAAAGCACAAAGAGAACUUGUAGAAAGAAUAGAGAAUAACACCAACAAACGAGAUUUUGAAUUGGCUGCUCAAUUACAACAACAACUACAAGAAGAAGGCAAACAAUAUCAAACGGCUAAUCUUGAUAUUUCAAGUCACCAAGCAAAACGUCCUAAACUAGAACCAACUUAUAAAGGCAAAAAAGCCAUUGAAGUCAUUGACGAUGAAGACUGUAUUGAUCUUACAACGGAAGAUAGCAUUUACAAUAUUGAGACAAUAUCGGAUGAUGAGCCUGAAGUGUCUUUUUUGAAUAUGCCUCCUUUAAAUGUGUCUCCUGCUUUUGUGCCAUACAAUCCAAUGAGGCCUACGAAAGCAACCGCAAAUAAUGGUCUUUCUGGCUUUCCUGAUGGUUUACGUGAUUUGAUUCCACUCUUUUCUCGUCAUGGCUCCCCUCUUUCUCAAGCAGGAUCUCAUUUUCCUCCCUUACAGGCAAGAUCUCGCUUUCCCAUUUAUGCUUCCUCUUCUUCUUCUGCUUCACAAGCGAACGCUGGUUCUUGUCAUAUGACCAACAUUGCUAGACAACAAGGCAAUCCUUAUGCUAAUCCAAACCAUGCAAGACCCUUAUCACAACAAGAAACAGAAAGAGAAUUGCGUGAUUUGUUGGAGAAUGUAGUCGAUGAUAAUCCACCACCACCUAAAGACAGAACAGGCACGCCUAGAGGAUUGUCAAUUGAACUGCUUGAACAUCAAAAGAUUGGUUUACAAUGGAUGGUCAAGAUGGAGAAUUCAAACAACAAGGGUGGUAUUUUAGCAGAUGAUAUGGGUCUAGGCAAGACAAUUCAAGCAUUAGCUAUCAUUAUUCAGAAUCCUUGUACAGAACUGACUGAAUUGGAUCCUGCCUAUCUUCGCUGUAGACCCAGACAACUUCCAACUGAAGAGAUUCGGGUCAAAGCAACCUUGAUUGUCUGCCCUGUGUCUCUUAUGGAUCAAUGGAGAAGAGAAAUACAAGAAAAGACAGAACCUCGUCUCAAAGUGUUGGUCUAUCAUGGCUCUCAAAGAUCAAACAAUCCUUAUGAACUGUCUCAAUAUGAUGUCAUCAUCUCUUCUUAUUCUGUUACUGCAAACAACUUUCAUGAGACACAAAAGGGUCCAUUAAGUUAUAUUCGAUUCCAUAGAGUCAUCCUUGACGAAGCGCAUACAAUCAAAAACAAACAAACACUGGGUGCGCGUGGAUGUUGUCGAAUUGAAGCUACGUAUCGAUGGUGCCUUACAGCUACGCCUAUUCAAAACAAAGUAGAUGAACUGUACUCACUCAUCAAAUUCUUGCGUAUCAGACCCUUCUGUGACUGGGAUGAAUUCAGAGAUGCGAUUGUGAAGCCUAUGAAAGACGGCAGCCAUCGAAAGGCAAUACGUGUUGCUUAUGUACUAAUGAAGGCUAUUGCCCUUCGUCGAUCCAAGAAGGCCAAGAUUGAUGGCCGGCCUAUUCUUGAUUUGCCUGAAAGAAAUAUCCAUAUGACACACGUUGACUUCUCGCCUGAUGAAAGAAUCCAUUACGAUUUUGUGGAACAAAGAGCUCAAGCUCGUUUCAACAAGUAUUUACAAGCUGGUUCUGUCAUGAAGAAUUAUUCGUCUGUCUUGGUGCUUUUGUUGCGCCUUCGUCAAGCAUGUCUGCAUCCUAACCUGACAUUUACUGAAGGUGAUAUAGAAGAAGCCGACCCUGAAAAACAAGAAGAAUUGGCCAAGAAGAUGAAGCCAGAAGUUGUUCAGCGUUUGUUGAGUAGUUCUGCCACACUUUCUGAAAUUGAGUGUCCUAUCUGUCUGGAUAUUGCACAAGAUGCUCAAAUAGCUAAAGACUGUGGUCAUAUUCUCUGUAAAGAAUGUCUUGAUAGCUUCUUGAAUACGAAUGAUGAUAGCAGCACAAAACGAUGUCCUCAUUGUCGUGGUGAUAUUAGCAAGCAGAGUAUGGUCUCUUUAGAUGCUUUUAUUAAGGUAAAUGCGCCUGGUUUGAUAAAGGAAGCUGAACAGCAACAAGAACAAGAGGAAGAAACAAAAGAAAAAGAAGCUUUACAACGAGCACAUGAAUUUAUUGCAAGUGCAAAGAUUAAUAAAAUGAUUGAUAUCUUGGAUGAAACAGCUGCUUCUACAGACGGUAAAGACAAGACGAUUGUGUUUUCUCAAUUCACUGCUUUUCUUGAUUUGAUUGGAAGACCACUUAAGGACAGAGGCCAUAAAUACCUUCGUUAUGAUGGUUCCAUGGGCAUUAAAGAACGAGCAGACACUGUCUCCAAGUUCUAUGAAGAUCCUGAAUACAAGGUUCUGUUGGUCUCUACUAAAUGUGGCUCUCUCGGCCUUAACUUAACAUGUGCUAACCGUGUUAUUCUAAUGGAUAUUUGGUGGAAUCCUGCUCUUGAAAAUCAAGCAAUUGAUCGUGUACAUCGUAUUGGUCAAACAAAGCCAGUUGAGGUUCAUCGUAUAUUCAUCAAUCAUACAGUAGAAGAUCGUAUUCUCGAACUACAAAACAAGAAACAGGUUAUUGCAGAUGGUGUUUUAGGUGAAGGAUCAAGUCCACCCACUUCUCGUCUAGGUCUUCAAGAAAUGAUCUAUCUUUUUCGAGGUGGUGAUUUACCAGAACCCAGUCAACCUAGAAUUGCUUAAUCCGCUUUAUACCAAUCACAUCAAAUGUACAUACAGAGAACAUACAUACAUACACGCACUGAACAUUCAACUUAUGAAGUGGAUAAAUUAUAACAAUAAUAACAAAAAAGGGUCCUUUUAUUUGAGUAAAAUUCUUUAAGCUGUAGGACUCAGUCAUUCUUUCAUCACUGGACAUAAAGAAUGAUCAACAUAUUGUAAUAUCAACAUCUGCCUUGAAAUACAAUGACUAGGUUUUAAAAUACGUUGGAUUUCAACAGUCUAUACAGUCAGAGUGAUCUAAUAAAAUAGCCCUACAUACCAUAGAUUUGUGUCUUGUACCACUG